AUGGCGAAGGGCAAGUCGUCUGCAUCGUCGGGGACGCGCAAGAAACACGCGAGGAAGGCGGCAGCAGUUGGCGGGCUCUUGGACGAGCCGCAGGCCCCGAAGGAGAAGAAACAGAAGGGCAAGGAGAAGGGAUCCAAGCGCAGCAAAGAACCGAGGAAGAAAGUCUACAUCCCUCCUGCAAAACCUAUACCUGCUCAACCCGACCCUCUCGAUACACUCGGUAUCGCUCAGCGAAUCCCGGCCGACCUCUUGGUGGUGCUCAGGAAACUUGCGAAGAAGGAUUCUGUGACGAAACGACGCGCUCUGGAAGAUUUCCACGCUGAUUGGGUAGAGAAGAGCAGAAGCGACGAAAGUGUCUUGAGUGUUUUGGAGGUCGUGCUUCCCGUGUGGCUUCAUCAUGUACCAGCCCUAUUCCUGCAUCCCUCGAGGCGAGUAAGGCAGCUGGCUAUAAAUUUGCAUGUCGCCCUUCUCGGGCUGCCUCCGCUCGGUAAAGAGAUAGCCUUCUUACUCAGCGAAGGGACCAGUUCAGACCAUGUCGACUUUAUCCUGGGCAGCUGGCUCCUAGCAUCUUACGAUGUCGACCGGCAAGUCUCAGCUGCGGCACUCGGAGCUUGGAACGCAUAUAUUGCCCUUCGCUCUGCUGAGCGAGGUUCUGGCAGCGCCUCCACUUUGGCUUUGGAUUCGGCUACGUUUUUGUCACUCUGGGAAUUCGCGCAAAGAGUGCUACUGGACCCAUCUGGUGUCUACCUUCAAAUCAACCCCCCACAACUUGCAAUGCCUCUCUCAGCUCCUCAGUCUCGCAAGGGCUCUGGCAAGAACACUCCGGUACCGAGACGAGUUGAAGAACCGCCCACCCGCACAAAGGCAGAUGAAGAGGAGGAAAGCGAAACGGACAGGAAAGCGCGGAUGAGGAUUAGUGGCUUCGGGGCUCUUGAAUGGAUGUUGGGUCUGCAAGAUGAAAAAGCUGCGGAAGGGUUCAUCAGCCCGCUAGACAACAUUGCACUAUGGUCCGCACUUUACAGUGGGCAACAUCCCCCGUUCGUGCAGGAUGACGAAUUCGAGGCAUUUGGGUGGAACCAGCCUGGUGUUCGUAAGGCAUGCUGGGGCGCUGUUCAAGCACUGUUGAAGUCGCACAAAGGGCAUUUUCAUGGUCUAGAGCAGUCGUUGAGUAUCGCUGUUCUCCGCUCGGCCUGGGUAGAGCCCGACGCUGCAGUAAGAAAUCCCAUGUGGCAGCCUUUGCUCACAUUCCUGAAAGAAUACCCAACUGCAUGGGAGACAGAGGCUAGGGGAAUGCCCGACAUCGAAGAAGAAGACGAAUCUGACUCCGAGGACGAGGCAGAUGUAGAGACGCCGAAGGCACAAGCACAGCUGAAGGUUCAAGCAGCGGAGCAGAAGAUCACUCACUCUCAGGCAUACGACGACUUCCGUCAGUUCCUCGAGCUGGGCUGUAUGGGAUCUCCGGUACAGGCGUACCCAGCAGUCAUUAUUGUACUGUCCACGAUUCCGCCAAUGAUCCUUGCUACGAUCCCUACGCCGAUCUCUACACUGUUUGAUUCGUUUUGGGCAGCCGUUGACGGGCAGGCCCUCAGUGGUCUGGACCGUGUGGCAGCAUCUGUUGCCUUUUUGUCUGCGCUACUUGAAUGCGUUGUUUUCAUGGUCCGUCGCCUGCGUGGUGACCAGGCAGCCGUCCUCCUGUCUGAAGAUCAGCAGGACGGACGCCAAGCUGCGAUUGAUCUAGUGCGAGAGCAGUUCAAGCGUGUGUGGGAGGAGAUUUCAUCGGAACGACUCAAAACAGACGAGAACCUUGCCGCCACAUCGCUGAGCAAGACAUUGAUGGCCUUGUAUGAGGCUGAUGAAGAGCUGUUCCGGACAGCAUGGGGUGUUCUGAGCGACGCCAUCAAGGUUCAGCUGAUUACCUCCCAACAGCGCGUUCCGUCGCUCAUCCCGGCUACCCUCAAAAUCUUCCGUGGCUCGUCAACUGAGGGGUCUACGCUUGCACAGGCAAACGACCAGCUGAUCAAUGACGUGAUCUACUCGACUAUCCGACGAUUUGAAGAAAUCCUUGAUCAGGACGAGUCCAUUGCGGUUGACCAGACACGGUUGAGGUCGCUCGUGAUCGUCCUCGAUGCAUUUGGUACUGACAUAUUCGCAGACGAGGGUCUGGCUUCAGCUAUUGACGCAACAUGCACGAAGCAUGCGUACCGUCUACUCGUACUGUCGCCCGACGUCCUUUUCGUUUAUCUGGCGCACCGCGACAACAGCCAGCAAUGUGUAUACUUAUGGACAAACGUCCUACAGGCUAUAUCAGAGCGACAGGAAGAGCCAUCCACUGCCCUUGAGCCCCUACUGGGCGCUGCGGAACAAGGAGUUCUGCCAAACACUCUUAGGCCUGCUGGUGAUGAGCUAGACGCGGUCGUCGGACAACUCCUUGUGUCCGGGCUCAGUGGAACGACGGGAAGCUCGCAAUCCCUGGACCUGUUGAGGCGCGUUCUACUGCAUCAUCAGUACUUCAUCCGAGACGAUUGCCUCCGGGGGCUAGUGUCGAGCAUUUGCUCUACCUUCGCGCAGCACGCUGAGGCAAGUCUACGGGAAGAGGACACAGCCGCCGGUUCACUACCUGCGUUGUUCACGCUUCUUGACAUUGUUACUCAGGGCGACGUCAUGUCCUUAGCAUCGGGUGACAUCAUUUCGAUCCUCCCAAAGCUGUUCCUAUUCUCCGCUCUCGUGCCGACCUUGCAUCCAUCUAGUACUUUGCAGCCACAGUAUCAUCUAGCAGGAGAUAUUCUGUCUCGCAGCUGGGUCGGUCUUCCUGAGGAUAUCCGUCAUCAUGUCUCUGCUGUGGUCCAGCAGCGGCUGCAAGACAUCCUCCUGGACCUCUCUGUUCCCAUAAAGCCUUCACAAAUCCUUCGCAUAGUUACGGACAGCGCCUCUCACUUGGGUGCAGACCUAGUGAAUGGUAUCUUCCCGAGUCGGGAAGAGCUGGACAGGAUGCUCAGCGAUCUGCCGACAUACGCUUCUCAUCCCAGCUUUGCCGUUAUCGAUCCGCUCGUCCUUCCGGGCGACUGGGACGAUGAGGAGGCCGAGAGCCCCUCCGGUCUCGAUGCUUUUGGCUAUUCAACUUAUGCUCGCGUUGUGCUCUCGCUUUUGCUCCACUUCUUGGACGACCGCGAUGCCGCUAAGCAGAACGUCUGGGCUCUUCACCACUUCCAGGCCCUUGCUCUGUACGCUAAGGACGUGAUCCACGUGCCGAGCAUGGCGAACCCCGUCUUCGGCAAGAGCGUCGGUAAAAGUGCGCUCGAGGAUAUCGUAUCCAAGGUCGAGCAGCUCACAGCCUAUCUCUUGAAUCACUCUGUCGACGAUGGAUGGUUCGCACGGGCGACCUCGAGGUUAUCGAGUGGCAAAGUCGACGUCAGCGACCAAGUGGAGGUGCUGUUCAGCAGCUUGAUCAACCCUCUUGCUGGCGAUACUACAAGAGAAUCGCGCGUCCUUCAUUCAAUUUUGCGCCACGUCUUGCCAAAAGUCACCAAGGAAGAGGCAGACGUGCUGAUUGGGCUCGCCAGGACGGCUGAGAAAAAAGCUCCUCGUGCCUCGCUUGCAAUCGUCUACGCCGUCACCCAGUACGCUCCGGAACCUCCAAGGCUGGACAGGCUCCGUAAUGAGCUGGCCGCGGGCCUGCUCGGUGUCUCUGUCUCCAAAGUAAACACUGAAGGCCUUUGGCUUCUGCGCCGCCUGGCUGCGAUCGCUCCAGACCCCGAGUCUGACAUCGUGUACCUGCCGACGAACCGGGCGGUCAACCUGAUGAAGCCGCUGCAGCAAUGGAUCACGUCCGACGAAGACCUGGAUGAGGAAGUUGAAUACCAGAUGACGCUCAUCUUCGUCCACCUCGCUCCGAUCCUCCAGACCGUCCCCGGCGCUCACUGGGACCUCAUCUUCGAUGUCGUGGAGAACAAUCUGGAAAACUCGUCUCUGGGCGAAGCGUCCAGCUUGCCUUUGCUGUACCGUACGCUGCAGCUGGUGAUUGCGAUCGAGGACCUGUCCUCGACAACGAAAACCCUGCGCACGGCCUGGCAGGAGCACCGGACCGCCACAUUAACGCUGGUUCGGGACUUGGUGGUACAGAGGAUAGGUCAGUGUCACAACGCGAUAGACACUCCGCUCGGCCUUUGUCGCGAGCUCGCACUGUCCGUGAUCCAAGACCUGCCCGAGAGUCUCGUCGACAAGGACGCCAUCGCGAAGGUACUCUUCGGAUCUGAAUGUGCCUUCUCAUUAUUGACUUUGCUACAGAUGUGUCAUCUACUCCUGGACGCUUCUGAAGCGGUACCAAAAAUGGCGUACAAGAUUCUGCAAGCGUCAGCCACGAAGUAUACUGAGCACCUCGUUCUUGAGGCGAGCGUGGACUCGGAAGCGACUGUACCGCUGAACCUCCCACCGGAGCUGGUGCAAUUGCUGCAGAGCAGUCUGUCAGACGAGGACGCAUUUGAUAGUGCUCGUGAACAGGUGAGCCUUUCCGCAUAUACAUUCGUCUCAAGGUGCUCAUUUUCCUCCCAGAAAUUGUUUGGACAUAUGCUCUCUUGGAUGCUGGUGUUUGAUCUUUUCAUCAACGCUUCGCUGAAAGUGAAGAUCGAGUACAUGAAUCAUUUGCGCCGGGAGGGCCUAGUUGCAGACUACUUCCUCCCGCUGGUAUUCAACACGCUCGGAUUGUACGAAGGCAUGGUACGCGCCUUCAAGCUGGACAUAUGGUCUAUCGACGAAUACUACCUAGACUUAACUUCAUCCGAGAUACCCCUCCGGCUCCCGCUGCUGGCGGCACACCUGUACUACCGCGCCCUGCGCGUCGUGCCCGGGCUUGUGCGCAGCUGGCUCGCAGACUGCCGGGACCGCCAGCUGAACGGCACGGUGACGGCGUACACCUCGACGCACUUCUCGCCGGCGAUCAUCCGCGCGGAGCUCGCGCAGAUCCGGGAUCCCGUCGCGGCGGCGGAGCUGCUCGCGGACGAGCACCUCAAGGUCCGCGUCGCGAGCAGCGUGCACGAGGUCACGGCGUCGUACGCGGUCGACGAGUACGAGCUCGAGCUCCGGCUGCGCCUGCCGUCCGACUGGCCGCUGCACGCCGUCGAGGUCACCGAUGCGGCGCGUGUCGGCGUCACCGAGGACCGUUGGCGCUCGUGGGUGCUCGGCGUGCAGCAGAUCUUGACGUUCCGCGGCGGAAGCAUCGUCGACGGCCUGGCCUUCUUCAAGAAGAACGUCGUUUCCCACUUUGAGGGCCAGUCCGAGUGUGCGAUCUGCUAUUCCAUGAUCAGUGCUAUGGACGGCAGUCUGCCCAAGAAGCCGUGCAAGACGUGCAAGAACAAGUUCCACUCCGGGUGUCUCUACAAGUGGUUCAACUCGAGCCACUCGUCCAGCUGCCCGUUGUGCCGAUCAGAGAUCAUCCAAUAA